ACCCUAAAAACUGCAAAAAGAUUCACAGAAUACGAAGAAGAUGUUGAUGUUGAUGAUGAUGAUGAUGAUGGAGAAGAGGCAAGAAGAAACAAAGAUUUCAAUCCCUCAAGAGAUUAUCUUUGAAAUCCUGAAAGAGCUUCCUGCAAAAUCAUUACUCAGAUUCAGGUGCGUUUCCAAGCUUUGGUGCUCCACAAUAGACGACCCACUGUUCAUCACCUCUCACCGUGCUCGAUCCCAUACUCGACCUGGUGGUAUCAACAUCCUCAUUGGUUCAAACUCAUUAAAUCAGAAUCAUGAUCACUUCUUUUCAAUAAACCCAGAAUUUAUAGGACCGCCUCUUCCCCUUCAAACACUGCGCGUAACAGGUUUCAUACAGUCCGUUAAUGGCUUAGUAUAUUUCGGCAACACUGUGUGGAACCCUAGCACAAGAGAGAUCAUAACCCUUCCACCAAUAACUGAUUACACCACUUGGGUUCCCUGUAAAUAUUGUUUGUUAGGUUUUGCUCCUUCCAUUAAUGAAUACAAAGUAGUUACCAUAUUUCAAAUCUCUGUUACCAAAGACUUUGGCCCAGAUUAUGAAAAACAAAUCGAAAGGCGAACGCAGUGCAAGAUUUUGACUCUUGGAAGCACCACCAGCAGCAGCCUCUGGAGAGAGAUUGAAAUUGAUUCUCUCCCAACCCAAUUAAGCAAUUUUUGUAUGGGAAGAGCAUGUUGUUUUAAUGGAACUAUAUAUUGUUUGGGUAGAAAGAAUGAUAUUAUGGCCUUUGACGUUAGACACGAGAAGUUUAGAUUCUUAACUCAGCCGGCUCUAUAUGAUGGAAGGCGUUCACUAUAUCCCAUACAAGUCGGAGAGUGCCUGGCUGUGAUGGAUGACUUGUUUGAGAAUCUUUGGAUAUUAAAUGAAAGCUCGAUGCACUGGAAGAGGGAGAGUCUAAGUCUAAUGAUUCCAGAUUUUUUCAAGCGAACUCAAUAUUGGGAAAGAUAUCCGGAUGGUGAGUGGACUGAACAUUGGGAAAUUUUAAUUCCGAUUGGUACCAUUAGUAGUAGCAAUAGUAUUUUACUGUAUGGGUGGAGAGGGUACACAUCCUUAGAAUUGUAUUACUACGAGCUUGAAAGUAAACAAUUGAGGAGGAUUUGUUGUACUGAUUCAAAAGUUUUUCAAUCCUUACCCAACCGGUUUGGGGUAUCUCAAGUCUCUUUCACUAAAUAUGUGGAAUGCUUGUUCCGCUUGAAGGGAUGUAACUAAUUAGAACGGGAAAAAAAAAUUACAAAGGAAAUGUUUCCAAUUUUUUCUAUAGGUGAUGCAAAAAAGCGAAUGAGUACAUGGAUGCAGUAUUUCAAUCUUUUGUGAUUUCUAGAAGUUUAAUUUUAUUUUUAAGCCAUGUGUAGUAGUUUUAUGUUAGUAAUAUGGUUUGGUUGUAAGGUACAAU